GACGUUGGCCUAUAAACCCACGGCGCGAACAUUGGACAUAUCGUCAGUCAUUACCACCCCUCUCUCCUCUCUCCGAAGCUAAGUAGCAGGUUGGUCCUCCUAUCGUCCUCUCCCAAAAUCAAAAACCCUAAAACCAUGUCUUCCGCAAUCCAAUUAAUCAAAAUCCUAACUCACUGACCACCACUACCAAUCCACUCAACCCACAAUGUUACUCACAUCUCAAAUCCCUCGCAUAUCAUUCUUCAAAAUUCCUCAUGUUACUCCUCUCAAAAACCCUGGUUUUCAUCUCUCAAUUCACUCCAAGUACUUCACAAAUCCUCCACAUUUUCAAAUUCUGAAGCCCAAAUCGCUGAAGCUCAAUGAUUUAAUCUCUUUUCGUACCCACCAAUGGCCUCUAAGAGUCUACGAAUCAGACGUUACCGUACAGAAACCGGACGACGGUAUUGAUAAUUUCAAUUUCGAUGUUUUUCUUUCAAUUGCUGAAUUCUUAUGUCUUGUUUCGUCGGCCGUCAUUUCGAUUGCAUUUGUUGUCAAUUCGGUGAUUUCCAACUCACAGAAGCCGGUAAUAGUGUGGUUGGGGAACAAGGUUCUUGUGUGGCAGUUUAUUCUCUUGGUGAGUGCGGUGGCGAUUGGUGCUUCCAUUCGGAGGCGACAGUGGAGGAGGAUAUGUGUGGACUUUUCGAAACCAGGGGGUUCGGGUGUUAAUUUGGUUGGGAGGAUUGAGAAAUUAGAAGAGGAUCUUCGGAGCUCAGCGACUAUUAUCAGGGUUUUGUCAAGGCAGCUUGAGAAGUUGGGGAUUCGGUUUAGAGUUACGAGGAAGUCUUUGAAGGAUCCCAUUGCUGAGACUGUAGCUUUGGCUCAGAAGAAUUCUGAGGCCACUCGAGCAUUAGCAGUGCAAGAAGACAUUCUGGAAAAGGAGCUUGGUGAAAUCCAAAAGGUUCUGCUGGCAAUGCAGGAGCAGCAGCAAAAACAACUCGAACUUAUUCUUGCAAUUGGGAAGACUGGAAAGUUAUGGGAGAGACGGGGACCUAUUCAUGAUCAGAAAGCCACUGAAACAAGCAAUUCUGCUGAGGACAAGAUAAACCAGAUUGGAACUGACCAAAUUGAAGCUUUGGCUGGGCAAACGGAAGCCAACAAUGACAGAAUCUAGGAUUUUGAAGCAUCUAUAAUCUAGAUGGGGUUUGUUUAUCUUCUUCAAAGUUGAAAGCCAGCUAUUAUAUCUUGUUUUAUCACAGGCAAUUGGAUUUUGCUGGUUCAGUCAUCGUAUCCUCAGGCAGGUAAUGUUUCCCAUGUUGCUGAAUUUGUGGCUUCUGAGGGAGAAGGAAAUACAGCAAAGGAAACAGAGAAGAAACUGUAGUUUGUAACAGUAAGCAUAUUGUUCUUGUUUGUGAUGUGCAACACCUGUGUAUACUACUUUUAAACAUAUAUUGUUGGGGAAUUGGCCUCGAGUCUUAUGACUACCGGCGGCUGUUGGAACCAUAUGUACUUUUCAGAACUACAAUUUCUCAGAUUUUUUUUUUUUUUUUUCUU